AUGGGAUCGCCAGUGCAAGAAGAAGACAAGCCAAGAGUGAAAGCAGGUGUAACCGCAGGCGCGCGCAGAGUGCCAGCCAAGUCAGCGACGACCGCCACGCCGACGACGGUGAGGAAGGUGGCACCAUCUACAGCGACAGCGGCCGCCAGACGCGGUGCAACAACCACGCGCACAUCUACCGGUACUACCAGUGCCAGCAGUGCCAGCAGUGCACCCAGACCAACCCCAUCACCAGCAACACGCAGCGCCAACGCUCCUCACAGACCAACAUCGCGGCUAUCGGCUGCACCCUCGCCCCAGCCCGCAUCCGCCACUCGCAGAUCAUCCGUGUCGCGCUCCCUCUCCCACGAUGUACCGAGCAGACCCGGUAGUGCAAUGGGCAGACCCGGGAGCGCCGUGGGUGGAGGCAGGCCUGGAAGCGCUAUGGGCAAGCCAGGCGCUCCUCGCUCUAUUCCCGCCUCGGAGAAGAUAGCUCAGCUUCAGUCUCACAUUGAGUCACUCAGUGCGGAGCUAGACGCAGAGCGCAGUGCCAAUUCCAAUGCCAAUACCAACACUGACGCUGACGCUGACGCUCAUGCUCGUAUUGCAGAAUUGGAAAGCGUCAUUGCGGCUGGACAUGUUGGCGAUAAAGGGUUCGAAGCUGGAGAGACUGCUGACACUGAUUCGCAUGCCCUCCACACCGCCCAGCAGAGUCUACUCGACACUCAGGCUAAACUUGACCACGAGUAUACUGUCGCUGAAGAACGCGCGCAGAUGUUGGAAACCCUUGAGACGAGAGUGUCUGAGUAUGAGAAAGAUAAGCAGGAAAGGAAGGAUAUACUGGAGAUACAUGAUUCAUAUGACAACACUGCUGCCACACGAAUCCAAGAAUUGGAAGAAAUUCUCAAAGCACGCGAUGAAAACGCAGAUCAAAUGGACAUGCACAACACUCGUGUUUUGGAAUUGGAGCAGACAGUAGCAGAACUCAGGAUACAUGCAGAGGACGUAGCGCAAUUGAAAGAGAAGAUAGUGGCAUUGGAGGAGGUGUCAGAGGUAUCACAAGAACACGCUCAGCUAGCUGCAAACCAUGACGCAGCCAAUAUUCGCAUCAGGGAGCUGGAGGAGAGUGCUGCGCAACACAGCUCAUUAUCCAACGAGCAUGAUUCAGCAAGUGCUCGUAUCAAGGACUUAGAGGAAACCAUCGCUCAACAAGGCCUGCUGUCUCAACAAUACGACGCUGCUGUUUCUCGUAUCAAAGAAUUGGAUGAUAGCGCUGCUCAACACAGCUUGCUUUCUGAAGAGCAUCAAGUAGCUACUUGGCGCAUUAAAGAGCUGGAGGAGAGCAUUGCGCAGCACGGUCUGUUAUCUGAAGAGUACGAGUCAGCCAUUACUCGCAUUAAAGAGCUGGAGGAAAGUGCCGCUCAGCACAGCUCGCUGUCUGAAGAGCACGAGGCAGCUACGUCUCGCAUUAAAGAGUUAGAGGAGAGUAUUGCGCAGCAUGGCCUAUUAUCUGAAGAGCACAAGGCAGCCACUUCUCGCAUUAAGGAGUUGGAAGAGAGUGCCACUCAACACCACGCACUAUCUGAAGAACACAAGGCAGCAACGACGCGCAUCAAGGAUCUAGAGAAAAGUGCAGCUGAGCAUGAAGUGCUUUACACCCAAUACGACUCAGCCAGCGAACGCAUCAGGGAGUUAGAGGAGAGUGCCGCGCAACAUGCGCUGCUUUAUGCAGAACACGAAAAAGCCGCUGUACGCAUCAAAGAGCUGGAGGAGAGCGCUGCUCAUUACGAUUCACUCUCCACUCAGCAGGACGCAGCCAAUACUCGCAUCAGGGAGCUGGAAGAGAGUGCAGCGCAGCAUGAAGUGGAUAUGAAGGCGUAUGAAAGCAGGAUGGAAAGUCUGCAAGAGAAGGCGAGUGAUAGUGGUAAUAACACACACGCACUGCAGGAGGCACUGGAUGACACUAGCAAAAAGCUUGCAGAAGCUCUGACACGCGCUAGUACACUCGAGCAACAAACGCUGGAGCUGCAGGCGCUGCAGGAGCGCGAGCAGCAUGAGCGCGAUGAAAAGGAGGAGAAAUUAAUCGCUCUUCAGAGUCAAUUUAACAAGGCAGAAACUGAAUUGGUGAAUCACAAACACAGACACGAAGAAGCACUAAAAGAAGCCCACGAAGCACAUGCUUCGAAUGAAAAUCUAAAAGAACAGCUACAUACCCUAAACGAAAGUAUAUCAAACGAUGCUUCAUCGCAAGAGGUAAUUCAGAAAUUGGAGGAGGAUGUGGCAAGUAAGAGUGGUGAGAUGGAAGCGCUGCACAGUAGGAUCAAAGAGCUGGAGGGAACGAAGGAGGACAGCUCGUCCGAAAUAGCAAGUCUCAAGAUGCAACUGGAAGAGCUGCCGUCGUUUAUGGAGAGAGUGACAGUGCUCGAAAAACAGGUCGACGACGCUAGCAGAAUGGGUGCGGAGUUGGCAGAAGUGAAGGAGAGAAUGAGGAGCAUGCAUAGCGAGCAAGAUGUGGCUCAGCUUCGAAAUGAGAUUGAAGUGCUGCGUGAAUCAACACAAUCUUCAUUCAUGCAGCUUUCAGCUGCGCAUAGCCACAAAGAAGGACUGGAGGGAAUGCUGUCAGAUUCACGCACCAAGUGCAUGAAACUGAUGGGAGAUAUAGAAUCGAUGAAAGCAGUACAGAAGAGCAUGACAGAGGCAACAACGGGGCUAAACGACGAACUGAACGAGCGUAACUACAAAAUGCAGGAACAGAAUAAUAACCUGGAUGCGGCACUGAAGAGGAUGAGACAAGCGGAGGUUGAAGUGGGAGAGUUGCGCAAGGUACUGUUACAUGAGAAGGACGGACGCGCAGCAGCGGAAGCCAAACUGAAGAGUAUGGGGGAUGAGACGGUGUUUAACAGUGGGAAUAUAUCCACCGAAGCGCUACACAAAGCACAUAACAGCAAGAUAGCGCAGAUAGAGCGUAGUUACGAGCAAAUGAUAACGGCGAUGAAUGAUGAGAGUAAAAUGCUCCGGGAGCAGAUAGAAAUGGGUGAGUGA